AUUAAACUACAACUCCAGUUGCACCACGUUUCAAAGACAGAGACACACCACACACAUAUAAAACACACACACAGUUAGUUUGGUCCCCUCCCCUCUUCUUGCAUAAUUCUUGUCUUGAAAUAAAUUCUGGUUGGUGAAAAAUGGCAAGCUCGGUCGAGAAGAAAGAACAAGUUGUUUCAAUGGAACUUCCUGCCCCUUCUGGCUGGAUAAAAAAGUUCAUGCCCAAGCAAGGAAAGACACCGAAGAAGAAUGAGAUCAUAUUCACUGCCCCAACAGGCGAAGAGAUCUCUAACAAGAAGCAGUUGGAAAGGUAUCUGAAAUCGCACCCUGGUGGUCCAAGAAUGUCGGAGUUUGAUUGGGGAACAGGCGAAACGCCUAGAAGAUCAGCAAGAAUCAGUGAGAAGGCAAUAGAAACCCCACCACCACCAGAGAGUGAUCCUCCCAAGAAGAGGAGCAGAAAAUCUACUGCAAUGGAUGAUGAAAAAGAGAGCGAGGUUGCUGCUGAGGAGAUGGUGAAAGAAGUUGUAAUGGAAGAAACUGAAAAGGUUGAGACGGAUAAUGUAGCAGCACAAACUGAAGACAUUUCGAAGGAAAAGAAAGAUGAAAAUAAAGAUGAGCCAUUAGAUGAUGAGAAGACUGGUCACGAGGCCAAAAAAGAUGAAACACAAGGUACAGCCAAGGAUGUUGAGAAGGACAGUCAAAACACUGAUGACAAGACAGUGCAUACUCCUGCAGAACACGCUGAACCCAAGGAAGAUAUCAAACAGCUCGAUGAUGCUGGAGGUAUCAAGACUGAUUCAGUAGCAGACUUUGAGAAAGUACCUGAUGUGACUGAAAUAUCCAAAACUGAUGCAGAACAACUGCAGGAGGGAGCACAAUUACCAGAGGCUGUGGAGAAAACACCAAUGGAGGCACACACAGAGGCUGGCACUGGGAACCAGGAGAAACACAACCCCAGUAUGGAGGGAAAUAUUGAGCACCCUGACUUUUACUCUAAAGCUGCAGAAGGAAACGAUGCAAUGGGCAAGGUGGCUGAGGGAGAAGUCACAGAGAAUGGAAGCAAUGGCAAAGCCGGAGAAGCCCAGCCUUGAAUAUUUACAUAACAUUAGGCUAUUGACUGUAGCUUCCCUGUUAUAAUGAUAGAUAUCCAAGUGUCCGUAUGAUAUUAAAAUCACGAAUUAGGUCUUUACUUUUGCAUACAUAUUCAGCGAUGAUGAACUUGUAAUAUGAAUAUUUCAUUUUCAUAUUCCAGCCGUCCUCAGAUGCCUAAACCUUUGCACUGACUGGGACUGUUGAGGUUGAAUACUUUUCAGUGUCACUGAUAAGUAGUUCCGUAAUUGAUCUCAUUAGUUUAUUAUUCA